AUGAGCUCGACCCCGGCGUUAGUCACAGGCAUGCUCGCCGCCCGCCUCCGAGACGCAAGCAUCCGCCGCCUCCGUCGCGCUCGCACGUCGAAUUGGCGCGCGCUCCCCGUUCGCGCCAAGUCCGCGCCCUCGGAAGCCUCGGCGGAUUCGGGGGGCGGAGGCGUCUCGCACGUGCUCACGUCCUACGAGAUAUCGAUCGAGUCCCAGCUGAGCGCCACGCCGCUGAGGUUCGAGUCGAAAGGUGGACACAAGCGAGGCAAGGACGGAUGGAGCGGCGAUCUGGGCCCCAAGCUGUGGAGGGAGGUGAGGCUGCUGCGAGAAUUGAGGCCGGAGGGCGCGACCGGCGCGCCCCUCGCGUCGCGCGCGGAGCUCUUCGUCGCGGGACCCGAGCCCGGAACCGCCCUGCGCGUCGGCGAACCCGGCUCCGCGACCGCCGCCCUGGAGAAGAAGGCGGCCGCCGCGGGCGCCGCGCUCGUCGCCGGUGAGCCCAUCCCAAUCGCGCUGUCGAGAUCGUCGCACGUCGCGACGCUGCGAGAAGCGCUGUACGCGCACGCGCUCGCGACGAUGGGGGACGAGUUCGAGGUCAGCAGGGACGGCGCGCGGGGGGUGAUACUCACCGCCAAGCCCGGCACGCCGCGAUGCGACGCCACCCUCGAGAACGGACGCGUCGCCGCGUGCCAACAGUUCAUCCUCCGAGUCGAGGAUGAUGCGCCGGAGGAUGCGCCGGUGGCGGCGGCCGCCCAUGCACCAAUGCACCUGGUGGUGGCCGCGGGCAGGGAGCUUCGCAGCGCGAUGACCGUUCGGCAGAUCAUGGACGACGCGUCCACCCCGAACGUGCCGGAGAGUGCGCAGGUGGUCGCCCUCGGAGGCCCCCACCUGUUCGGUACACUGGCGUACUCAUCCGGCGACGCGACAAGGGACGCGGCGAACGCGUCGAUCGGCGCACCGCGGCCCGAGCUCGGCGGCGACUCGCUCCUGUCGUACCACCGCAAGAGGUACCCGGCGCGGGUGCCGUUGCUGCGAGACGCGGACGACGGCGCGGCGCCCGUGUGGCUGGUUCCCUCGCGGGGUCCCGGCGGCGGGAAAAACCGGGGGUUUAAAAAGCCGGACGCGAUGGCGUAUCCCGCGGAGCUCUUGGCGCCGGUGGUUGGCGCGAGGGCGGCGGGCGCGACGGAUCAGGGCGUGAGCACCGGGGACCCAACGACGCUCCAACGACGCGUCUCGGAGAUACGCGUCGCCCUCGGCGAGCCCUUUGCGCCGCACGCCAAACUCGCGGAUCGCAUGCGGCGCUUACCCCCGUGGGCGGGCGAGCCGAGUAAACGAGUCGGCGGGGUUUUCGACGGACCCGCGAUCGCGCCGUCGAUCGCCUCGAUCGCCUCCGUCCCGAACCCCCCGCGGACCCUGUACGUCGGCGCCGACAGGGCACUGCUCGCGAAGGAGGUCGAGUCCGCGAUGAGAACGUGGAAGAACACAGCCGGACGCGGCGCGAGUACGCAGCUGGACGACGCCGUCGUCGACGCCAUCGUCGCCGACGUGCUCGCGUCCGACGCGGAACCGACGCCGAUUAACGUGGAAACGAACGAGCUCGAGUUCCUGUUCAGACGCGCGCGCGAUUCCGGGUACGACGCCGUCGUGAUACACUGCGGGGGCGGGGAAGAAACCUUUGAGGCGGCGGUGCGUGAGGCGGCUUCUCGCGCGAGGGCGUCGAGGCCGCGGCGGUGCGGGCCGGCUUCGGGGGUCCACGGCUCGGCUCGGCUCGCUCUGGAGCUUCUCUCGCUGCCGGGCCGCGGCGGGCAGGCGACCGCGUGGCCGGGAGCGGCGACGGUCCGAGACACGACGUUCGUCGGUGUCGCCGGGGGGAAGGGCGUCGGGCGGAGGCGCGUGGCGUGCGUGGUGGACGGCGACGGCGUGAUCGUGUCCGGGAGAGCCGACGUGGGGUACCCCGGGGAGGGCGGGGAUGGCGGGGAUGGCGGCGCGGUCGACGACGACGACGACGACAUCGACGACGACGCCGGCGACGAGCCCGAGGACGAGGAUGGCGCCGGGUGGGGUUUCGGCUCGGGAUCCCUCCGGGAGUGGGCCUCGCGGUCCGUCGCGCUCGCGGAGACUGCCGUGCGCGUCGCGCUCGAAGGCUCCGGGGACGCGUCACCGCCCGGUGAGUCACCGCCCCCCGCGCGGCUCGUCGUGCACCACGAGGGCCGUUCCCAUCCCGAUUUCGCGCGCGCGUGCGUCGCCGCGGGCGAAGCGAGGGGCGUCGCUCGCGUCGAGGUUGUCGACAUCCUCCGCGAGCCCCAGGCGGCGACUGGGCGGAUCCUACGCUGGUCCAAGGCGUCGGGCGUGAGGUCGCCGGGUAAGGGGACGCACUUCGCGUUGUCGGCGACGGACGCGGCGUGCGUCACGACGGAGGGCGGUCCGUCGGGGGAUGGGUCGGUGCCGAAGCCGCUGCUGGUUCGGAGACGGACGCGGGGGGGAUCGUCGGCGACGGCGCUGGCGUCCGAGGUGGUGGCGCUCGCGGCGAUCGGGGUUGGGAACGAGGGGGGUUCGCACGCGCUGCCGGUGACGCUGCGAGGGUACGGCGCGCGUCCAAUCGUGCUCAUUGUGUAG